AUGGCUGUUGGCGAUUCAUGUACGGGUGUUGAUGUACACGAUCUGACUGCUAAUGAACAUUAUAUUACCUGGAAGUGGACGCCUUUAGUCAUGGGAUCUUUCAGCUGUCAUCAAGUCGCCAGUGUCACAAUUGAAACUAGAUACGUUCUAAGUGUGAGAAGACUUGAAGCUUCAAGAACGUGUUGUAGUAUCGGCGUGCUUUCCCGUAACGCAAAUGAAGUAGGAUUAAUUGUACAAUGUGUUUGUAAACUGAACUCUGGUCUAUGGAGAAUUCAAACUUGGAACGCCAUCGGUCCGUCUAAGGAAGUUGACUCAUACUAUCAUCGGAUAAAACUCUAUCGUGAACUCUCCAUUCCGUACCGUCCGCGAUCCCUUUUGGUUUUCAUCAACCCCUAUGGUGGGAAGAAGCUAGCCGAAUUGAUAUUCUAUUCAACUGUUCGCCCGAUAUUUAAUUUAGCAGGUAUCCGUACAAAGGUCAUAGGUCACUGUGAAAACUUCAUGCUCAUGGAGGAUCUUCAUUCCUAUGACGGGGUGGUAGCUGUCGGUGGAGAUGGGCUCUUUUCAGAGCUGCUCCAAGGACUUCUGUACCGGACACGUACUGAUGCAAAGCUUCCUCUAUACAAGCAGCACAAGCCCUUCACCUCGGAAGUCACGCCUCAGCUCCGAAUUGGACUUAUUCCUGCCGGAGCAGCUAUUUCAUUGGUCGAAAAAUCUGCAAAUGAUACGGAUGCGACAAGGCAACACCUUGCAGAACAUGCCAGAGGUAGUCUAGACAACCAACCAAAGCCCCUAAGUUCUAGCAAUGAGGAAACUACUGGAGCUCUAAACCUUGAACAACUCUCUGACGUUCGACUAAUGCAGUCAUUCGGUCUAUUCAUGGAACAGAGGAUGUUGAAACAGCUGCUAUUCAUAUUGCUCUGGUCGUUUCUGAAAGCCGCACCGUUUGUUCUGCCAGCCUCGUUUGGAAAGCAGCUCCUCUACGUCGUUUCUUUUCUCGUGGAUCUAGGCUUUGACAUCGGGGUCGAUGUGCUGGGGAUCCAUGAAUCAUCUACCAAAGCAUUUCUGCGUUACACAGUCUCCCUUCUGGGUUAUGGCUUUCACGGCGAUAUUCUUGAACCCAGUGAACGACUUCGGUGGCUUGGCCCCCCUCGAUAUGAUAUUGCUGGCGCCAUCAAAUGGCUGAAAUUGGCCUCCUACAAAUGUCGCAUUACUUACCUCCCAUCAACUUCUUCCACUCCAUUCGACGAAAACAUCUGUGGUUCCUCGUGUCCGGUGUGCCUUAAGUUGGAUAGAGAUUACGAGGAGGCCACCCAGGCGGUUGAAGCGGACCAAUCAAAUAAGUCUGGUGAGGCGAGGCAGGCCGCCGGGCCCGCCACUCAACCACAUCCUACCACCUCAAGCCUCAUGGACCCUCCCAGCCUCUGCUCCCAGUCUCCACACUCUUGCUCGGCGCAUCCUCAGGACGAUUUGAACGUGGAAGAAGCGGCAGAGAUGGUGGAUGACCUGUUAUUGGAGGUGACAGGAGCAGAAGGAGGUGAGGAGUGGGGUAGCGAGGAGAGAAAGCUGAAGGGUGGAUGGCGAGUGAUAACGGGAGACUUUGUGGCAGUUAACGCCUUCCUCAUCUCCUGCCGCUGUGCCAAGUCACCUUUGGGCCCUGCACCCACCGCACACCUCGGCGACGGUUUCCUCGACCUCAUCCUCGUGCACCAAUGCUCACGGUUGCAGUACUUGCGCUAUCUCUUCCACCUAACCAACCAACGCAAGGAGCGCCAUUCACAGCACCUCCGCAUGCCCUUCAUCAAGGCGCACCGGGUGCGGGCUUUUCAAUUCCAAGCCCUCAAUCGCUAUGGCGAUCCCGUGGUUUACGAGGAGGCCCAUUUUCUCUGCGCUGCCUGUGAUAUCAUUCAUAUUUCAUGUUUUCGGAAAUCAUUCACAGGUCAUCGGGCUGCUACUAAAGGAAUGGUCAACAAUUUGUCGUUCAAUGGAGAUGGUUUGAAAACUCAGCUAAUGGCACUGCACAAAACCGAGAUCAUGUCAGGGAAGUUCCCCUCGCUGCCGAUCUCUUCUUUCUGGUUCCAGUUCACAUUGACCACACCUGCGGAUGCGCAUGCGCAUGCUCAGACGGUUUGCUGUGUUUUAGCUGGUCUGACAACUGGUGACUCUUCUCAGAGAACAGACAUUCUUUUGGGUCCUUAUGACGAGUUCAUCAGCAUCGAGCCGAACGGUGAAACUUACAAGGACGCUUUGAAGUUUGGCAAUUUCGACCAAGUUCCAGAAGUCGAAUUUGUGGAUCCUCCUCCUAGUGUAGACCAAAUGAUUAGAAAUCGCUUAUUCCUAACGGGAUACGAUGCAAGUUCCUGGAAGGAUGAGCACACGUCUUUUGUAUUGACUGAAUUUGUACCCGCAGAUGGAGCUGAUGUCAUCUUUUUUAGCUUACUUCCAGAUGGACAUCUAUACGUGGGUUCGGGAUUUCCGACUUCUAUUUUUCGAGAUAUCAACUACUUCAUGCGCACUCAUGAGGGUAUGAAUGUUGAAAUUACAUCAGAAAAUUUUCCUUUAACCGUCCAAAAUGGUUCAGUUUUGGGGCAGGGGAUCGAAAGUCUGCUUCGAGUUAUGUCAAACGUUUACGCACCUACAUUUUUUGCCGACGAGACAUGGCCCGACAGCAUCAAAAAUGACUUUGCCCUACAUUUGCAUCGUUUUAUGUCUGCUCUUACGGAUACACGGUGGAAGUUGAACUCAAAAACAGUGCUCUAUAUUCCAAUGGAAGGCUUCAAGCACUCAUUAGGUGAAGAAGCGAAAGAUAAGGAUCUAGUCGGGCGUCUUGAAAUGGUAGUAAUCCACUGGACACGACAAAUUAAGGAAGUGCUUAGCUCACAAAGUGCUAUUGAUGAUGAUGAAGAAACUGGGCCCUUGGAUGAAAUUGAGUACUGGAGAAAUCGUUGCGAAGAUUUAAUGGGCAUCAGUAAACAACUAGAUAAUAAGAGCAUUAUGGAGAUUGUACAAAUUCUAACAAUUGCAAAAUCUUCCUACAUCACUGCAUUUAUUCUGCUUUCGGAAGAAAUAAAAAAUACGUCUGCGGAGGCACAAGAUAACCUAAAGUUUUUGGCCACAAUGAAGGAUGCCUGUAUUUUUCUUUCUGAUUUAACUCCAGCCCAAAUCCCACCAAUUCUACCUAAGAUCAUAAAUCAAAUACGUAUGAUAUGGACCAACUCGAGGUUUUAUAAAUCAAGGGAGGUAAUAACUGGUCUUUUUCGGAAGGUCUCGAAUGAAAUUGUUGUUCGAUGCUGUAGCGUCAUCUCAUUAGACGAAAUUUUCGCCGGAAGGGUGCGAUCAGCAUCUAUUCGGCUCCAAGACUGCAUCAGGUGCUGUGAGAAAUAUAAAUCCACUUAUGAGGAUCUCAAGGUGAUGCAUUCCGAGCUUUCAGGAAUACCAUGGGACACGGAGGACGGAAGCAUCUUUGCCCAUAUAGAUGCCUUCAUUCAGCGCUGCAGAGACUUACUCGAGAUUUGUGAAUGCCAGGCGGAUUUCGGCCGAUUUGAGGAGGGUAAUAAGGCUGAAAUGCCUAUCUUCCAGGGCGCGAAAGGACCUGAGAUAGAGCUUCUUCUCCUGCAAAUCGAGGGCAUGUUUGCUAAACUAAUGACAAGCCUCAGUGAGAAGCGAUCUGUCAUUUUGGACGUCAAGGCCACCACAUGGCAUGACCAGUAUAACCGCUUUUGCAGUGGUAUUAAAGGUCUCGAAAUUAUGAUGCAGAACGUUAUCAAUAUGGCGUUUGAAACAGUCACAACAAUUCAGCAAGGUGUAGAGAUCCUUGAUGUCUUUGCUCAUCUCCAAAAACGCGAGGCCAUCCGGAGGGCACUUGAGGUAAAUACCCACGUGGUCGUGGAUAUGUUUCUUGAUUGCGUUUCAAAGGUGAAACAGGAGAUGGCUAUGCGACCCUUCAUGGGUCUGCCAAGACCACAAGAGCCGAAAUCUGCCUUGAAUGGGAUCUUCUGGCGAUUUCUGCGUCGCCGUCUCGAUAGGAAUAUAAGCCAACUCGAUUUGGCAUUUUUCGUUCCCGCAAUUGCUAAAGUGCUAAAAGAACAGAGAAGCGUUUACGAUCAAAUAUGCCUGAGCAUUGAGGAAAUGACGCGAAAGGUUUUUAACGAAUUCAUGAAUAGCAUUGAAUAUGACCCCCUGAAGUGCCUAGAAGUGCCGAUUCUAAUGCGCAGCACAAUCAAGUCGGACCAACUGGAGGCAACAUUUCCGGGAAGUAUAUUGCGCAUAAUCAAUGAGUUAGACCACUGGGUGCUAUUGGGGAUUGAGGUGCCGCACUACGCGGUGGAGGCGCACCGACGUAAGUCAGAGUUGCGUCACCUGCGCGAGAUCGUGCUAGUGAUGGUGCGCGAAUACAACCGCAUCCUCAGCAUCCUCAACUCUGAGGAGAAGGCCCUCUUCCAUGAGCGCAUUAAGAUGCUCGACAAGAAGAUCGCGCCCGGAUUCGUCAAGAUCCAGUGGCCUGUCAAGUCCAUGGUCGAGUUCUUCGUCAACGACAGCCGCCUACAGAUCUGCAACCUGCAGGGCAAGGUGGAUGGAUACAAGAUGGCUAAUGCAGAUAUUAGAGUUAAUUGUGAGCUCAUUGCCAAGACUCUCCUAAUUAAGCUCGAGCCUGGAAGGAUUUACGAAAACGAUGAUUUCAACCAGGAACAGUCCAACCACAGAGAGAGAACAGUGACGAAGCUGGUUGCGCUGCAUCAGGACAUUAUUCAUAAGAUGUCACUGGUCAGGGAUACUUUUGUUUCGGAAAAUCCAGACGUCCAAGCGCGUUGGUACUCAUACACGGAGCGGAUGGAUCGCUAUUGUCAAGAGGCAUUUCGUCUGAACGUCAAAUUCUCCCUAGGGGACCUCCGACGAGCCAUCAAUGGGGAUGGGAGAAACGAACCCAAUCCAUUUUUUAAAAUUCUUCUUAAUUUGGACGGCUCCUCGCUAGUAUUCACACCAACUAUUCCUCAACUGACAGAUGUCGUGAUUUCUCUAGGCGAUCAACUUAUUGCAGCCCUUGCAAACAUUCCCCGCCUGCCCGAGGUCUUAACCAAGAACAAGAUCACUGGGACACCAUCGAUCGCUGCAAUGGUUGAAGCAGACGAGGAGGUGAUAAGGAUUGAAGAGAGUAUCAAACGCGGCAUUAUCGAUAUCGUCAAGCCGGUGCAAGACCCCCUGGGCCACUGGGAUCAGUUUCGAGAGAUUUGGGAGCAGCCUAAAGACGAGGUUAUCAAUCACUAUCGAGAGAUCAAACGGAGUGCCACUUCUAUUAAAGCAGAUAUCGGUCGGUUUACUGAAGUAACCAAUAAGGUGUUGGAUGCAGAGGCAAUAGUGACGGUACGGUUUCUGCAGCUCGAUUUCAGUCUCCUCAAGAAUGCCAUCGCAGCCCAUUGCCGAGAGUGGCAAAUGCGUUUAAUAAACCUCCUUGUGGACAUGACCGUCGAAAAUCUCAGUGGAAUUUAUAAGUACAUGAGCGAGAUGACCAAGAGACUGUCUCACGUUCCCGAGAAUCUUACCAAACUUGUGGAGUCCAUGGAUCUAUUAGAGAAAGUUUUCAAUGAGAGGACAGAAAUGGAGGAUAAGUUCGCACCAUUGGAGGAGCAAUUUGCUAUUUUGGAUAAAUGUGAGGUGACUUAUAAGAACGAGGUGGCCACAAGGAGGAUAAACCUUGUUUCGGACUGGAUCAUCUUCAAAGAAACUUUGGUCAACUGUGAAGAGGCGAGUCGUUUGCAAAUGAUCCGCAGGACAAAAGAGAGAUUUAAGCUUAACCUGCUGGCGGAAUCGGAGAGGCUAAAAAUGCGUAUAUCGGCUUUGCUGAGCGAGUUGCAGGCCAACGGCCACCACAACCUCGGUCCGCCGCCUGAGGAGGCGUUGGCAGCGUGCCAGGCUUUCCGCGACCGGCUUGCCGUAAUGAUGGAGAAGGAGAACGAGAUCCGCAGUGGCCUCCUCAUCUUCAAGAUAGAUCAUCAACCCUGCAAAGAGUCCGCACUUGUACAGAAGGAGUUGGAUAUAUUGGAACAAAUAUGGACUCUGAAUAAAGAGUGGGAGGAGAACUGGAUGGGGUGGAAGCAUGGAAAAUUCUCUGACCUGCAGACAGACGACAUGGAAACACUUGCGACGGCGAUGUUCCGAAAAUUCACUCGCCUCGCUCGAGACAAUAGAAGUCGUCGUUGGGAUGUGCUGGAUGCGAGCAGAGAUCGCGUUGACCAAUUCAGAAGGACGAUUCCCCUGAUAGCCGAUCUGCGCAAUAGUGCGAUGCGGCCUCGGCACUGGGAUGCCAUUCGCAAGGAGAUGGCCCGGGACUUUGACCAAAAUGACGAGACUUUUACACUUGAAAAAAUAAUCAGUCUCGGCUUUGACCGCUAUGCUGCCUUCAUUAGCGAGCUCUCACAAGCAGCAACAAAGGAACUGGGCAUUGAAAAGGCUUUGAUCAAAAUUGAAAGUGUCUGGGCUACCAUUGAACUGGACAUCGUACCCUAUAAAGAUAAGGGACACCUUAGACUGCGAUCUACUGAUGAUCUUUUCAACACGCUUGAAGACCACCAGGCAACAAUGAAGGCUUCUCGAUUUGUGAAACCAUUUGAGCAUGAAGUGGAUUUAUGGGAACGUGCCCUUUCUAAGAUAACAGAGACUAUCGAGUUGUUGCUCACAGUGCAGAGACAAUGGCUCUACAUGGAGACCAUUUUCAUGGGUGACGAUAUUCGUAAGCAACUGCCUAAGGAGUCAACGCUGUUCGAUGAUCUCGACGUGGAAUGGAAACGGAUAAUGACAGCUAUGAACGAAGUAAAGAAUGCUCGACGAUGCUCUGAUUUGGAGGGAAUAUGUGAGGUGCUAGCAAAAAUGAAUGAAAAGUUCGAGGUUAUUGAAAAAUCCCUAGAUAUGUAUCUCGAGACGAAGCGUCAGACAUUUCCGCGUUUCUACUUCAUUUCAAAUGAUGAUCUGCUCGAAAUACUGGGCCAAGGCAAAAACCCGGAGGCCAUUAUUCCCCACCUAAAGAAGUGCUUUGAUAACAUCAAUGUCGUAAAGUUGGAAAAAAAGACUAUUAAAAAGGCGCAGAUCCCAGCUACAAAGGGACAUUCAUCUCUAAAGCCGCAAAUAUCGCGCAAACAACCAACAGAUUUACAUAAAAAUUACGAGGGUAUCGAAGAAGCCUCCCAGGAUGUAAACAUGGCACCCGCUGAAGAGACACCGACUUUCCAGGAAGAGCAAAGGCCUUCGCCGGAAGGGAAAGAGCAUGAGGAAGCUCCUGAAGCCGUGGCCGAGAGUGCUGCUAACCGGCUGGAACGGCCUCGAAAGUUUUCCACCAGUGAGGUUCAAUUUGAGGUCAACCAGAGCAGCACCUAUCUACGCACUAAUUCGAACUCAAUGCACAUAGCUAGACGAAGUGAGCUGCGUGAAAUCUACUUUGGAAGCUCUGGUAGCGACAACAACAUCUCACGGAGUGGCAGUGCAGUCACAGUGAUCGACUGGAACAUGAACGCCGCAGGCGACUCUUUGGGUUCAUUUACCGGCGGUCAUAAUGCAGUUGCACAAACCACCGCGAAGAAGGCAAAUACACAAAUGAUUACUUACACUCAGUUCGAUGGUGUUGCUAUGAUUUCCGCAGAUGGAGAAGAAGUUCCUUGGAAGAAGAAUGUUCGCAUGGAGGGUCCCGUGGAAAUGUGGUUGCUGGAAAUUGAAUCCCAAAUGCGUAAGGCCUUGAGAGACCUUCUGCGUGACUGUCGGUUAGUGAUGAAGAAAGCCAGCGUUAAGAGAGAGAAGGCUGUCAAGGAGUGGCCGGGACAGAUUUGCAUUACGACAAGUCAAAUUCAGUGGACAGCUGAUGUCACCAAAGCUCUGAUCAUGGUGAAUCGUCGCCAUGAUAAAAAGCCACUGCGAAUGAUUAGAAAGAAGCAAAAGGCGAUUUUGAAACGAUUCUCGGAGGCUAUUCGAUCUAACCUGAGCAAAAUGCAAAGACUGAAGAUCAAUGGCCUCGUGGUUAUCGAGGUCCACCAGCGUGACAUCAUUGAUAAGCUCUACAAAUCUGGAUGCAAAGACACUGGUGCAUUUGAGUGGCUUGCACAACUUCGCUUCUACUGGGAAAAGGAAGAAGACGACUGCUACGUCAAGCAGACUAAUGCUAGUUUCCACUACGGUUACGAAUACCUGGGUAAUUCAGGUCGUCUCGUUAUCACACCUCUCACGGACCGGUGCUACAUAACCCUGACCACUGCACUAAGUCUAAACAGAGGCGGUUCACCUAAGGGACCUGCCGGCACGGGCAAGACAGAGACGACUAAGGACCUAGGCAAGAACCUGGGUGACUACGUAAUCGUGAUAAACUGCUCCGACGGCCUCGACUACAAGUCUAUGGGACGCAUGUUCUCGGGUCUCGCACAGUCCGGUGCUUGGGGCUGUUUUGACGAGUUUAAUCGAAUCAACAUUGAAGUGUUAUCCGUGGUGGCACAACAAAUUCUGGCCAUUCUCUCGGCGCUGGCCUCCCUGCCAAAGGGAAAGGGCGUACCUUCCAAUAUUCGUUUCAUGUUUGAAGGGAGGAUGAUUAAACUGGUCUGGUCCUGCGGUAUCUUCAUCACUAUGAACCCCGGUUAUGCAGGUCGCACGGAAUUGCCGGAUAAUUUGAAGUCCAUGUUUCGCCCCAUUGCCAUGGUAGUGCCUGAUUUCACCAUGAUCGCCGAGAUCACCCUCUUUGCUGAGGGCUUCGACGCUUGUAAAGUGUUGGCCAAGAAGGUGUUUACACUCUACAGCCUCUGUAACCAACAACUAAGCAAACAGGAUCACUAUGACUUCGGAUUACGAGCCCUCAUCUCCGUGUUGCGCUACGCCGGACGCAAGAAACGCGCAAAUCCAGGAAUGCAAGACGAGGAGAUCCUUCUCCUCUCCAUGAACGACAUGAACCUGGCCAAACUCACCUCUGUUGAUUUACCACUCUUCAGAGGCAUUGUGUCUGACCUCUUCCCAGGAAUCGAGGUCCCUGCUAUCGACUACACAAAUAUGAGGAACGCAAUUAACGAGGCUUUUAGGGAAUUGAGGUUACAAGCAACAAAAUUUGCAGUAUCCAAGGUCAUUGAACUCUACGAGACACAGAGUUCUCGCCACUCGGUCAUGAUUGUUGGAAAAACCUUAUCAGGCAAAUCGGCCACGUGGAAGGUUCUACAGUUGACUCAGCGCAAGAUGAUGGAGGCCGGAUAUGAAGGAUUCUACCGGGUCUGGGAUUAUCCUCUUAACCCGAAGGCCAUAUCCCUUGGAGAACUCUAUGGUGAAUUUAAUAUUUCAACAAAUGAGUGGAGUGACGGUAUACUUUCAAGUCUUAUGCGUCAGGCUUGCGCUGAUGAAAAACCUGAUUACAAGUGGAUUCUCUUUGAUGGUCCAGUGGAUGCUUUAUGGAUUGAAAGCAUGAACUCUGUCAUGGAUGAUAAUAAAAUUUUGACCCUCAUUAAUGGAGAGCGAAUCUCUAUGCCUGAUCAGGUAUCUCUGCUGUUCGAAGUGGAGGACUUGGCAGUGGCCUCACCGGCCACAGUAUCACGCGCUGGUAUGGUCUACAACGACGUGAUGGACCUUGGUUGGUGGCCCUACGUCAACUCCUGGCUGGCCAACAAGGAGUCCAAGAUCCUAGUAACCACACUAACUGGUCUCUUCGAAAGGGAUAUCCCCCAAAUACUCGACUUCACAAUGAAUAACUGCAACAAGCUCAUUCCUGUCAGCGAGACCAACCUUAUCAUCAGUCUUUGUCGCCUGUUCGAUGUUAUUUAUAGCGAUGGUAGCGAGUUCGACGUGUCCGAUUUGGAUCUGUACACUCGCUUGAUCGAGAUGCUUUUCCAAUUUUGCACGAUCUGGUCAGUGUGUUGUGUGGUUGAUGAGGAUGGACGCAAGAAGGUAGACUCCUACAUCCGUGAGAUUGAUGGCAGUUUCCCCAGCAAGGAUUCCAUCUUUGAAUUCUUCCUUGAUGUCAAAUCGCGAGCCUGGAUACACUGGGAAGAGAAACUGCGUGGUGGUUGGAAGUACGAUCCCGAGCAACCCUUCUACAAGAUUCUCGUACCCACUGUCGAUACCAUCCGCUACAACUACUUGGUGAAUGCACUUGUCUCUGGACGGAGCCCGGUUCUCAUAACUGGACCAGUUGGGACGGGAAAAACCUCGAUUGCUCAGGACGUUCUUUUCAAUCUUGACAAGGAAUCGUGGACUUACCUCAUCAUUAAUAUGUCAGCACAGGCAGACAUAAUUGAAUCGCGCGUGGAAAAACGAACCAAGGGCACGUAUGUACCGACUAGAGGCACCAAAAUGGUCACCUUUAUGGACGACUUAAACAUGCCUGUGAAGGAUGAGUUCGGUUCCCAGCCGCCGCUGGAGUUGAUUCGCCAGUGGAUUGACUACGGCUUUUGGUACGAUCGGGCGAAGCAGUUGCCCAAGCGAGUGCAAAGGAUGUUCCUCCUUGGUGGUAUGGGACCUCCUGGGGGUGGUCGAAUGUCCAUCUCUCGGCGUCUCCAAUCCCGAUUCAACCAAAUCAACGUCACUUUUCCCACUGAUGCCAAUUUGAAACAGAUCUUCGGUACCAUGAUAAACCAGAAAAUUGCCAACUUUGAGGACGAGGUUAAGUCCAUGGGUGAUACUCUGACGGAUGCAACCGUCUCGUUCUACAAUUCAAUAGUGGCAAAGUUUUUACCGACUCCAACACGAAUCCACUAUUUAUUUAAUCUUCGUGAUAUAUCUAAAAUUUGUCAAGGUAUUCUUAGAGCAAACAAGAUCACCAUUGAUUCAAAGACUGCAAUGCUACGUUUGUGGAUCCACGAAAGCUUUCGUGUGUUUGCCGACCGUCUCAUCAAUGCCAAAGAUAUGGCCCAGUUUAUUGAGAUUAUGGGUGAAAAGCUGGCUCAGUACUUUGAUCAAACUUUCCACAACCUCUGUCCGUCAAGAAGUUCACCCGUAUUCGUGGACGUACUAAACAAAGAUAUGAUUUAUGAGGAUAUUCAGGACCUUGGCCGUCUACGCGAGGGUCUAUUUGAGUUCCUCAAUGAGUACAAUGACUCUCCUGGCAUUGUUCCGAUGGAUCUUGUGCUAUUCAAGGAUGCCAUAGAGCAUACCUGCAAGAUUCUUCGUGUUAUCAGUCAACCACGAGGCAAUAUGUUGCUUAUUGGCGUUGGUGGCAGUGGACGGAACAGCGUGACAAAACUGGCCGGUUACAUCUGUCGCUACAAAGUCUUUAGCGUAGAAGUGAAUAAGAACUAUAAAAAGGCCGAUUUUCGUGAGGACCUAAAGAGGCUCUACCGUCAAACUGGAGUCCAGUGUCAAUCGACGCUGUUUCUCUUCUCGGACACCCAUGUCACUGAAGAGGCCUUUCUGGAAGAUAUAAACAAUAUGUUGAGCUCAGGUGAAGUUCCUAAUCUCUUCAAAGCUGAUGAGUUUGAAGAAGUAUUCAACGCCAUCAUUGAUCAGGCCAAGAAGCAGGGCAUGGAUGAAUCACCCCAGUCGAUUUACAGGUACUUCAUCGAGCGAGUUCGAGCCAACCUGCACAUUGUCCUCUGCAUGAGUCCCAUCGGCGAUCCUUUCAGAGAUCGUAUGCGAAUGUAUCCAGGCUUCGUGAACUGCACCACGAUCGAUUGGUUUAGCGAGUGGCCAAAUGAAGCUCUUCUUGAAGUGGCUACUAAGUAUCUGAGUGACCUUGACCUCCUUCAUGGCAAUGAAGAUGCAAAGAUGAAAUCAGGUGUAGCGCGAGUGUUUGCUUUAAUGCACAACUCGGUUACUCAAAUGUCGGAGAAAAUGAUGGAUGAGUUGAGAAGGCGAAAUUAUGUGACUCCCACAAACUACCUCGAACUCGUUUCAGGCUACAAAAAGAUGCUGGGGUCGAAGCGGAGGGAGCUCAGUGACUGGGCGAACAAACUGAGGAGCGGUUUAGGAAAAAUUGACGAUACACGGACAAAAGUUGAAGAAAUGUCCAUUGAACUGAGUGAAGCAAAGGAAAAGGUGGCCGUCUUCCAGAAGGAGUGUGAUGAUUAUUUGAUUAUCUUGGUCGAACAGAGACGAGAAGCCGAUGAACAAACGAAGUCGGUAACGCUCACUAAAGAAAAGAUAAAAGUGGAUGAGGCGAAGUGCCUUCAAAUGGCCGAGGUAGCCCAAGCCGAUCUGGUCCAAGCUAUGCCAGCCCUGGAGGCCGCCAUCACAGCGUUAGAAGCCCUUAAUAAAAAAGACAUCACAGAAAUUAAAUCCUAUGGUCAGCCUCCCCACCUCGUCCGAAAGGUGAUGGAAGCUGUAAUGAUCCUGCGGCAGGCGCCUCCCACAUGGACGGAGGCUAAGAAGCACCUGGGGGAGCAGGACUUCAUCAGCCAGCUAGUCAACUUUGAUAAGGACCAUAUAAGCGAUAAGACACUUAAGAAAAUCAGCGCCUACUGUUCGCAAGAUGACUUUAUACCCGAAGUCGUAGGAAAGGUUUCCUUCGCUGCGAAGUCAUUGUGUAUGUGGGUAAGGGCCAUGGAGGUGUACGGUCGUAUUUAUCGUUACGUAGAGCCCAAACGCCAGCGUCUACUGCAAGCCGAGGCUAUUUUGGCCGAAAAAAGGGCUCAAUUAGCAGCAGCUCAAGCAAAACUCGAUGCUCUUAUGGCUGAAAUGGCCCGUUUGCAGCAGGAAUAUAAUGAUAAGAUGGAACAGAAAGACGAAUUGAGACGCAAGGCAGAAGCGCUGGAGAGGAUGCUCGAAAGAGCACGAAUGUUGGUAGAUGGCUUGGCCGAUGAGAAGGUACGCUGGACUCAGACAGUGGCCGAUCUCGAGCGCAGGAUCGGACUUCUUCCAGGCGACUGUCUCCUCUCAGCCGGAUUCAUCUCCUACAUGGGUCCCUUCCUGUCAAAAUAUCGCGAGGAAUUGGUCUCUACCUGGGCCGGAGCUGUGGAGACGGAAAAAAUUCCUAAAUCAACUCCUUAUUCCUUCACCGAGUUCCUCUCAGAUCCUUCCAAAGUUCGGGAUUGGAAUAUCCAAGGCCUUCCUCGAGACUCUUUCUCUGUGGAUAACGGAGUCAUUGUCUCCAGAGCCUCCAGAUGGCCGCUCAUGAUCGAUCCACAAUGCCAAGCAGUGAAUUGGGUCAAGUCGAUGGAGGGGUCGCAACUUCAGGUGAUCGACCUGCAGAUGCGAAACUACAUGCAGAUACUUGAACGCGCCAUCGCAACUGGUUGGCCAGUUCUUCUUCAGAACAUUUUGGAGACCCUUGAUCCCGGUCUGGACCCCAUUCUAAAUAAGUCGCUUAUGAAAGUUGGAGGAGCUGACAUCAUACGACUGGGUGACAGGGAGGUAGAGUACAAUAGUAAUUUUAGAUUCUAUUUGACUACAAAACUGUCAAAUCCGCGCUACGCACCCGAGAUAUGCACAAAGACCACGGUGGUGAAUUUUGCUGUAAUGCAAGAGGGUCUGGAGGCGCAGUUGCUAGGCAUCGUGGUGCGCAAGGAGAAGCCAGAGCUAGAGGAGCAGAAGGACAGUUUAGUGAUUGGCAUCGCCAACGGGAAGAAAAAGUUGAAGGAGCUGGAGGAUGAACUUCUGCGUCUCUUGAACGAGAUUCAAGGCUCUCUGCUUGAGGACGAAGGUCUCUUCUUGACACUUCAGACCUCAAAAGUGACGUCAGUGGAGGUCACCGAGUUCCUCUCGAUAUCCGAAAGGACAGAAGUUCAGAUUGAUACAGCUCGCGAUGGUUACCGACCUUGCGCAAGAAGAGCUGCCAUCCUAUUCUUCGUACUCAAUGACCUCGGAUCUAUAGAUCCCAUGUAUCAGUUUGCUCUGGAUGCUUAUAUCGACCUCUUUGUUCUCAGCAUAGAGAAAAGCCAGCGUUCUCCUCGCCUGAGUGAAAGAAUCGAGAAUCUCAACAAACACCAUACCUACGCUGUGUAUCGUUACACUUGCCGUGGUCUAUUUGAAAGACACAAGCUGCUCUUUUCCUUCCAGAUCUGUAUCAAGAUCCUGGAGGAGAUGAGUAAGCUCAACUUAGAGGAGUAUAUGUUCUUCCUACGCGGUGGCAUUGUCCUCGAUAGGGCCCACCAGAUGGACAAUCCCGUUCCCAGUUGGCUCUCUAGUCUUUCAUGGGACAAUGUAACCGAACUAAACAAACUGGCAAACUACCGCGGCAUUGUCACUUCGUUUGAGCAGUACCCUAGAGACUGGCACAUUUGGUACACCUCAGAUGAGCCUGAAAACACGAAACUACCAGCUGAGUGGGAGAGCUUGACCAACGAGUUUCAACGAAUGCUCAUCGUGCGCUCGUUGAGGCCUGACCGCGUGACGUUCUGUGCCACAGCCUUCAUCACCAAUAACAUCGGCAAGCAAUUUGUUGAACCACCCGUACUUGACAUGAGAAAUGUGGUGGAAGAUAGUUCGGCCAGAACUCCUCUAAUAUUCGUGCUGUCGCCGGGAGUGGAUCCGACCGGAGGAUUGUUGCAAAUGGCAGAGGCCUGCGGCAUGGGGAAACGCUUCAACGCGCUCUCACUGGGCCAGGGCCAGGCCCCAAUUGCCACGCGGCUGAUAGAGGAGGCCAUGCGCAACGGUAAUUGGGUCUUCUUGGCCAACUGCCACCUCUCACUCUCGUGGAUGCCGCAGCUAGACAAAUUGGUGGAACAGAUGGGUGGGGAGCAGACGCACAAUGAAUUUCGUCUCUGGCUCUCCUCCAGUCCCACACCUCACUUCCCCAUCUCCAUUCUGCAGGCUGGCAUCAAAAUGACCACUGAACCGCCAAAAGGUCUGCGUGCCAACAUGAAACGGCUUUACCAAAUCGAGGACCAGUUUUCUGCCUGCACCAAACCAGAGAAGUACAAAAAACUGCUUUUUUGCCUUUGCUUCUUCCACUCCGUACUGAUUGAGCGUCGAAAGUUCCGUAUGCUGGGUUGGAAUGUAACUUACGAAUUUAAUGACGCCGACUUUGAAGUAUCGGAGAAUAUUUUGAGUACUUAUUUGGAUCAGUAUCAGGAUACACCAUGGGAAGCUCUGCGGUACUUGGUUGCCGGAAUAAAUUACGGAGGUCACGUAACAGACGACUGGGAUCGCCGUCUGCUCCUGACUUACAUCAAUGGCUAUUUUACCGAGAACGUUAUCAACGAGGCCUUUUUUAAGCUAUCCCCUCUGGCCCACUACUACAUUCCUCGAGACGGCAGCCUUAGUGCUUAUCGAGAAUUUGUCUCAAUGUUGCCAAAUAUUGAUCAUCCAGAAGCAUUUGGUCAACAUUUGAAUGCUGACAUUGCCUCUCAAAUUCAGGAGGCAAAAAUUUUAUUUGACGCCCUGCUCUCGUUACAGCCAAAGAUCUCGUCGGCUGGUGAAGAAUCAAAGGAGUCGAGGGUGUUGAAACUUAUUCAGAAAAUGAAGGAGCAGAUUCCGGAUAAUUUAGACUACGACGGUACAGUAAAAAUUUUCAGCAACGAUCGAUCUCCGCUAAAAGUUGUGCUGCUCCAAGAAAUUCAGAGAUACAACGACCUUCUUGAUUUAAUACGCAACCAAAUCAUUGACCUCGAACGGGGUAUCCAGGGCCUUGUAGUCAUGUCCUCAGAACUAGAAGAAAUCGUUGCAGCCAUCUUUGAGAAUCGUGUGCCCCUUCAGUGGCAAUACGCUUAUAAUUCUCUGCGACCUCUGAGCUCUUGGGUGCGGGAUCUUGCUGAGAGAAUUAAAGUGUUUUUGCAGUGGUCACAGACAGCCAAGGCGCCGAAAACAUUUUGGAUAGGUGCGUUCACCUUCCCCACUGGCUUCUUGACCGCGGUCAUGCAGACGGCGGCUCGGACACACGGUGUUGGAAUCGACACACUCAGCUGGGACUUCAAUGUGCUUACUAUUCCCGAGCAAAAUAUCCCAUCGAGUCCAAAAGAGGGUGUGUAUGUUUGUGGUCUUUUCCUGGAAGGCGCUGGUUGGGACAUGAAGAACCAGUGCCUCGUGGAGGCAGCUCCCAUGAUGCUGGUCUGUGUCAUGCCUGUUAUUCACUUCAAAGCCAUAGAAAAUAAGAAAAAGGCUGCCAAAUCUACCUACAUUUGCCCAUGCUACUACUAUCAGAACCGAGCAGGCCCACCGGAAAAACCAUCCUUUAUGAUUGGCGUUGAAUUGAAAACCGGUGAUUUUCCCCCCGAGCACUGGAUUAAACAAAUACCACAACGUGGUCUUAAAAGCAGGAUGGAAGACGCAGGUGAAACACUUACGCCAAAGAGCAUCUCCCGUAAAGCUGUUUUGCAAGGGAUGGCUUAUGCGAUGUUAGCUACACUGCCUCCUGUGUACGGACUCUACUGUUCAAUGUGUGCAUCAUUUUUCUACUUUUUCUUGGGCACUUCAAGGCAUCUCUCUUUGGGUACUCUUGCGAUCCUCAGUCUUCUUGUAGGUAGCUGCCUUGACCGCAAAGUACCUCAGUCUUUACUUCCGCCGAACGAAACGAGUGGAUCAUCAGAAGGGAGCUUGUUAUCCAAGGGUGAUGGAGAUAAUGUUGUCAAUCGCGUUUUUAUGGCUUCCGCAUUGGCCAUGAUCGUAGGAAUCAUGCAGCUCAUAAUGGGAAUUUUGCGCCUUGGCUUUCUGACGCGCCUGUUGUCGCGCCCAAUGCUCGCUGGUUUCACCGUUGGCUCCUCGGUAUAUGUGGGAAUAUCCCAACUCUUCGUGAUAUUUGGUCUUCGCCUGAAGAAGCACACCGGGAUUUUCAAUGCCCCUUUGAUUAUUCUUGGUGGGAUUACCUCGCACUAUCUUCAGUUGAGCAAAAUGUACGAUGUUCGUGUUGUGGGCACCGUACCGACCGGGUUUCCAGAACCCACUGUACCGCGUCUUUCACUAGCUGGUGGAGUUAUCGGCGAUGCGUUUGUAAUAGCUCUCAUCGGCUUUUCCCUCUCAUACUCUCUAGCCUCCUUCUAUGCUCAUAAGGAGGGCUAUGAGGUGGAUCCCAAUCAGGAGUUGAUGGCCUACGGAAUCACCAACAUAUCGGGUUCCUUCUUCACUACUUACCCGGUGGGUGCGUCGAUCUCGAGGACUGCGCUGGUUACCACAAUGGGCGGAAAGAGUCAAAUUGUGGGACUUAUCGCUUCAAUUUUCGUUCUCUUGGUGGUUCUCUUUGCUGGACCUCUCUUCUAUGAUGUCCCAAACUGCUGUCUCUCUGCUAUUAUCCUCGUGGCUCUGCGAGGUAUGGUUGCUCAGUUGCUGGAGCUCCCAAUUCUGUGGCGCUAUUCCAUCUGGGACUUCGCCUCCUGGGUGGUGACAUUUACGGCCACGGUGUUCUUGGAUGUACUUUAUGGCCUGAUCAUCGGUGUCACCUUUUCCGCCCUCGUUGUCUUCGUUCGCUCACAAUUUUCAAAGGCCUUCGCUAUUGGCAGAUUCGAUAGCACCGAGUUUUUUAAGCCUACUAACGUAUAUGCCGCUUGUGCUGAAGACCCUAGGGUAAAGGUAAUUCGAUACGAAGGUGGUCUCUUCUAUGCGGGAGCGGAGUUUUUCUUCUCCUCAGUCAUCGACGCCACUGGCUUCGAUCCCCGCCCCGUUGCAUUUUGUAAAAAGAGGCUCGACACUGCAGUGAAGGAGGCUGACGCGGUAUUGAGCUCGAAAGCCUCCGAGUAUGAUUCCGUUGCAUUUGACCAGGAGGACAUUCAGCUCUCCUCUCUGCCUUUGGAAGAAGUGCAGCUGAACGAGGGACAGUGCAGCAGAGAUAGCCGAUGUGGGUGUUUGUGUACCUGCGGCAACUGCAGGCGUUUCAUGUCACAUCCGGAGGCUAUGAACAGGAAGCAGGAGGCGCUCAACCAACUCUCCGAUCUCCUCGCUAGUGUUCCUCUCACUCAUGUCAUUCUUGACUGCUCCGCCUGGACUUUUGUCGAUGUUGUCGGUGCCAACACUCUGCAAGCGCUAAUUUCUGAUUACAAUGAGGUUGGGGUCAAGGUUUACCUCGCGUCGCCCUCAAGAACAGUUCACAAGUCCUUGAUACGCUCUGGCUUGUUUGAGAAAUUUGAUCAUUCCAUCGUCUUUGUCAGCGUGUACGACGCCUACGCUUCUUUACAACAACUACAUCAACAUAUCUAG